AACAGACCAAGCUCGAGCACCGGCUUGGACUACCACAGUAUUCCAAUUUUUCAGUGAAUACGUUUGGAAUUAAUACGAGUUUUGACCCCAUAUUACAUCUGACGAUGAAAGUAGUCGCGUUAAUAAGUGGGGGCAAAGACAGCUGCUAUAACAUGAUGCAGUGUGUGGCUGCUGGGCAUCACAUUGUAGCUCUGGCCAACCUACGCCCAGCCCACAAAGAUGAGCUGGACAGUUACAUGUACCAAACGGUGGGCCACCAGGCCAUUGAGCUGUACGCCGAGGCCAUGGACGUGCCACUUUACCGACGCACCAUCCAGGGCUCAAGCUUGGACACCAGCAGAGACUAUCGGGAGACGGAGGGAGAUGAGGUGGAGGAUCUUUAUCAGCUUCUAAGCCUUGUCAAGGAAAACGAGGGUGUCGACGCAGUGUCGGCAGGGGCCAUUCUCUCUGAUUACCAGAGGAUCCGUGUUGAAAAUGUGUGUUUGCGUCUUGGUUUGCAGCCUCUGGCCUACCUGUGGCGCCGAGACCAGGAGUUGCUGCUCUCUGAGAUGAUAUCAUCUGACGUCCACGCCAUACUCAUCAAAGUCGCCGCCUUCGGCCUGGAUCCUGACAAGCACCUGGGAAAAUCUCUGGCUGACAUGGCGCCCUACCUGAAACAGCUCUCCCAGAAGUACGGUGUCCAUAUUUGCGGAGAAGGAGGAGAAUAUGAAACCUUUACUCUAGAUUGCCCCCUCUUCACAAAGAGGCUCGUCAUCGAUGCGUCGGAGACGGUGAUCCACUCCGCCGACGCGUUCGCUCCGGUCGGCUACCUGCGCUUCACCGCCAUGCACACGGAGAACAAAGCCAGCGAUGUGGUGGCGCGAGAUGUGGCCUGCACUCGUUGUCCUUGCCAGAGCGCCAUUGACAAGAUGACUGAGGAGGCGGAAUAUGCUGAUGGAGCCGGAGACGACCAACAUCACCAGCGACAAUUUACAUCAGACGCUGACCUUAGUUGUCAGCGAGGCCACGCGCUCCCCACAGAUGUGCCUCCAUCCUGUUCUUCCAGAACUUCCCGAGGAUAUCAGUGGAUCUCUGGCAUCCACGGGCUGCGAAGCCAAGACACCAGGAUCCAGGGCCAGACUGCAGCAGUUUUCGUACUCUUGCAAAGUGAGCUGGAUGACAGAGGCUGGAACAUGAAGGACAUUGUCCUUGUUCACCUGUAUGUGAGCAGCAUGGAUGACUUUGGUCAACUCAACGCGGUGUAUGAGAACCACUUUACCACAAACCCUCCUGCCAGGGUGUGUGUCCAGGCCUCCCUGCCUGCUGGCCAACUGCUGCAGAUGGACUGUCUCAUCCAUAAAUGGACCGAACCGGCCGCGGAGGACUGCUUUCAUCGGAGAGAAGCGCUGCACGUGCAGAGUCUAUCUCACUGGGCCCCGGCCAACAUAGGGCCCUACAGCCAAGCCCUCAGGGUAGAUGGUGCAGUGUUUUGUGCGGGCCAGAUCGCACUGGUCCCCUGCACCAUGCAGCUGGUGAAGGCGGGUACCCGCACGCAGGCCAUCGUGUCUUUUAGCCACGCCCAGAAAGUUCUGGAGGCAAUGAUCAGCAGCUUGACUCUGGCCCAUGUGGUCCAGGCCCACUGCUACGCCACCAGAUGCCAAGACGUCGCCGUCAUCCAGGCCGCAUGGGAAAGUAUGCUGGAGGUUAUUGACGAAGACCAGGAGCUGCUUAUUGGGCCUGACAGCAAAACCCCUCCAUCAUUAGUGGUGGUGGUCGUACCUGCUUUACCCAAAAGUGCUGCCGUCGAGCUCCACGUCACAGCCAUCCAGGAUGACCCCAGCCGAAGGACUUCCUGUCACACGACCACAAUGUUGCGGCACGGCCGCAUAGAGUGCCACGCUCUAACAUCAGCCGACCGAAGCGGCGCCUCGCUGUCCCUACGCGUGACCGACCCUGUGGUCACCGAGGACGCGUGGGAGGUCACGGAUGCGAUCUGCUCGGCGUUUGAAAAAGCCCUGAAGAAGACGGAGGCUGAGCUGGUGCCGCUGUGUGCCCGAGUGUUCUACGAGUGCCAUCACACGCUGGCGAAGCAAGUCACUGAAGGACUUGCAGAUGCUUUGAAAAAACUCCUCGGGGACUCCAGUCCAUCCGUGGCCGUGGUUCCAGUCCUGGCCUUGCCAAAUUCCAACAUCCUCCACCUGUCCUGCUGGCUGAGCUCCUAGAACCAGAGCCAGGAUCAGCAGUCACGCUUGUCCCAUGCACAAUACCGGUUUCGCUGAUGGAUUUACACCAGUAUGGCAUUGGAAUUAAGGCCAUUCAAUACUGUUGGGCUAGAAAUAUUGGGACAGUGACUGAGAUUUUAGGUUGUUUGCCUUUACACAUAUGAAUUUGAAAUUAAACUAUGAAUACAGGGUGUACUCUGUUUACAAUGGAGACAUGGCCCGAUUAUGUACGCAAUGCUCACUGACAUACACUGAGUUGGCAAAAUUUCUUAUAUUAACAUUAUUAAGGUUUAAUGCCUUUCCUUUGUGACAUAUUCUUUUAUUGUUCCAUAAAUCUGGUGAACGUCUCUGAGCUGUCAAGCCUUGCUAAAAGCAGCAAGCCAUUGUUUGUCUUAUCAUUCCCAAGCGGGCUACAAUAGCUGGCUGGGUAGCUGGUGGGAAUGUCCUGCUUAUGGAGAUUCACUGAAUCUGACUGAACGACCUUCUUUAUAACCUGUUCUUUCGAGUUGCGGGUUCAGAGAGAGAGCGUGUGGGGAGCAUGAGGAUAGCCAUCCAUCUCCCCCCCUUCUUCUUUCUCCUUCUUUCACUUUUUGUUUAUAUCAUGUAAAUAGCUCUUUGUAUUAAAACAAACACACAAAAAACAUAAAGCUUUUGUCCCUGAAAAUAACAGAUCUUCUGCAUUUUGUGAAACCCAAGACCUGACAGACUAGUCAACUCCCAAUGCCUUUUCCCCUAGUGCACUGUACCAGCUUCACUUUCUGGCACCCUGUAAGCCGGGGCUGAAUAUACGAGUUUGGAUAAAAGUGGUAGAAGCGUGAUUUUAGAAUUUUUAACAACAGAAAUGUUAUCUUAAAAUCAUGUAUAGCAUAACCACAUUCUUCACUUGUAUCACGUCUCGUCCUAUAAGCAAAGCAAGGGCUUUCCAUUGUAACGACUUUACAUUCAAACCAACGGGAAAAGGUACCAGGCUACUUCCUGUUCUGUAUCUUAGCAACCAGUACCAAAUGCGAGCACGCUUGCAGCAGGGCCAACAUCGUCCUUGUGCCGCCCUGCGGUGGACACCACUAAAAUCAAGUGCAGUGCGAAAAGGGCUUUGUACUCCACGGUCUCCACUUUGCUGCAGCGAUUCGUUUUCUCGCUCCUAUCAGUCUCCUCUUGGAUAAAAUCCUUUGUCACAGCAGUUCUGAUUUGCUAUUGACACUUUUCAAUUAAAAGCAAGUACAGUGAACCCCCACAUAUUCGCAAAUUUGCAGAUUUCUUGCGGAACCUGUCCUCGCUGAAAAAGAACUAUUUGCUAUUAUUGUGCUUCGGUCAAAGCAAGAACAGUAUUGCUUUGGCGCCAUCUCGUGCCACCUUGGUGACAAAGAAACGAUUUGAAGUAUGUUUAGGAGUUUCAUUGAGACAAAAGUACCUCUUUGUUUCCAUCUGUGGCAAUUAAUAUAAUAAAAGAAGCAAAUAACAUUAACUGAAAUUACAGACAUGGCCAAAAAUGGCUAUACUACUGUAUAUAGAUAGUAAAAUCAAGCAAAGCCUAAGGGUUAAAAACGGUGUUUGUUGGCCAUUCUAAAACAAAUUUCAGAGUGAAAGUUUUUGUGAAACAACAUCGUAAUUCUUGUAAUCUGUGAAGACGAAGGCUCCACCAAAGGAAUCCUCUACCCUUUGUUCAGGUAGAACACUUGCUAGCUAACACCACCUAUGUACGCUGUAAACCCAUAUAGUCGUAGUAAAGCAAUAGAUUUACGAUGCAUUCUACCAGUGUGUGUCUGUUAGGGUGACUGUGUCUCUAUCUCUCGUGCUCCGUGGGACUGGAGGUGUGUUAUUAUUGUGUAAUAGGCAAUCAGCACCAGGCACCCGAAAAGAUUAAGCCUCUUUAUGUUUUCCAUUGAUUCUAAGACGGCCUGGUUAAUAGGAGAGGGACUUCAGCUCACACUGCUGCAGGCAAGGAAUUAAGCCUGUGUGUGUCUGUGUGUGCGUGCGAAGAAAAUAACACUAUUAACGCUCCUGGAACAUUUCUUUUCUCAAAGAUCAUGAACCGUAUUGAUGAACCCGAGUUGGAAUUCAUCUUCACUCGGCCAAUUCUAUCCUCAACUCGCCUGAGACGGCGGCGGGAUCGGGCCUACCUAUCGAUCCUCAACCCGCCCCGCCAUUGUUUUGAUUGUUGCUAUCAAAAAUUGAACAAUGGAGGCAGCCAAUGGAGCCUGAAGAUUUUUCUUUUAUUGCAGGUUGAACAACACAAACAAGCAAUUAUUUAUGAGCAAGCAAGCUAAUGUUCUAUCAGUGUGUGCCUGUUUAUUAUUGAAGGGGGGAGUUGUCUAGAAAUAGAUGUUUUAUUAAUGAUACGGCCAUCAAAUCAUGCUUUCAUCAUGUACACAAAAUCAAUCAAUGUGGACAGUCGCUAAGGAUG